AUGGCGGUGGGGCUCAAGGCUAGGAUGAAGAAGUCUUUCGACAGAUCGCAUGAUCCCAUCACCUGGCCAUUUACGGUCUGGGGCCUCGACCUCGUGAGGCCCCUCCAAAGAACGGCAAGGGGAUACACGCAUUUGCUGGUGGCCAUCAACAAGUUUUCCAAGUGGAUUGAGGCUCGACCCAUCAUCAACAUCUGCUCCGAGCAGGUCAUCCUAUUCUUCACUGACAUAAUCCAUCGAUUUGGGGUGCCCAACGCCAUCAUCACCGACAACGACACACAGUUCACGAGCAAGAAGUUCCUAGACUUCUACGACCGUCAUCACAUCCGUGUGAACUGA